UUAAUACAUCCUGUAUAUAUUUUGCCAUCUAGUGCUUCUCGAUAUUUUCAGUCGAACAAAAUAUCACCAUUAUUAUCUGAACCAAUGACCCAGCUGCCUACAGAUAUCAAAUACCUACAUAAUUAUAUAAUAUACUGUAAUCUCCAUGAAUAUUCAGAUCCAGUAAACACAGUUCAGUGUUCAUCUCUAGAUAUUUGAAGAAGCAAUGAUGAAGAUUUUGGGAGCCAUCGCACUCAUUGUAGCUCUCCAAAUUGUUUACUCGAGCGGAGAUGAAAUUGGUGCAACAAAUUUACCAGACAUUGAUCCAACUCAAAUUUAUGAAAGUGCACAAUCUAUGGCAGCCAGACCAUACCAAGAAAAAGAUUGUAGUAAAAACGUUGAAGAAUGGGUUUACUUCUGCAGAGCAAAAAUUCCCAGAUACAGAUGGAGCGUUUCUGAUAAAACUUGCGUAAAAGACUACUAUGGAGGUUGCCAUCAAACUAAAAACAAUUUUGUGACUCAGGAAGAAUGCAUGACAGUAGCAGAACCUGUUUGUAAAAAUCUAUGAAUUUUCAGGAUGAAUAAAAUUGAGUGAGCAUUUCAAUAUGA